AUGAAGUCUGCUGCCAUUGUCGGCCUCGCCCUAGCGGCUACGGCCCAGGCUACAGUCCAGGGCUUCGACAUCUCCGACUCUCAGCCGAUUGUCGACUUCGAGGCCGCUAGAGACGGCGGCGCGCGCUUCGUAUACUUACCAACUCAACAGGCCACCGAGGGAACGAACGACAUCUCACGUACCUUCUCGUCGCAGUACGAAGGCGCCUCCAGCGCGGGCCUCAUCCGCGGCGCGUACCACGUCGCCCACCUAGGCGAGACUCCCGGCGCCGUGCAGGCCUAUUUCUUCGCCUCACACAGCGGCGGCUGGUCGGGCGACGGCAUCACGCUGCCGGGCAUGCUGGACCUGGAGUCCGGGCUGGGCGCGGCCCAGUGCUGGGGCCUGUCGCCGGGCGACAUUGUGGCGUGGAUCAUGGACUUCAGCGACACCUACCUGGCCUCGACGACGCGGUACCCGAUGAUCUACACAAGCCCGUCCUGGUGGCAGACGUGCACGGGCGACUCGGACGCCUUUGCGAACACGAACCCGCUCGUGCUGGCGCACUAUGGCGGCUCGGUCGGGCCCAUCCCGGGUGGUUGGCCGACUUACGCUAUCUGGCAGUACUCCGACUCGUAUGCGUACGGCGGCGACGCUGACCUCUUCAAUGGCGAGGAGUCUGACCUCCACGAACUUGCAACGGGCUAG